AUGAAAAAGCUUGUUCAAAAGCUUCUCUUUGACAGAGAGUCAACCCUUAAUGACAAAAAAUUGUGGCAAUUAUCGCAAAAUUACAGUAAAUUUGAAUGUUUCGUGAUAUUUUGUUUCGAUGGAAUGUUGAUUUUGAGCGGAAUUCUUCUUAUGUUUGUGACAACAUUCGUUAGAGUCAAUGAAUAUCGACUACCAUUAAAUGCUUACCUAAUUUUCCUGCCAAUUGAAGGGAUGUCUUUAAAUUGGGCAAUUAAUUAUGUUUUUCAACUAACAACUAUUGGAGCCGCAAUGAUAGUUUUUGGUUCUCACACUUGUGUGACUUUAACGAUUAUAAAUCAAAUCUGUUUUUGGAUUGACGUCGUUAUUGUUGAAGUGGAAAGAUUGGCUGAAUUGCUGAAUAAUCCAGAUUUUAAUUAUGAACUUCAAAAAACUUCAACAAGCGAUUGCAUUAAAAACAUAAUUGAUAGUAGCAAUGCUUGCAGCAUUUGGCAUCGUGAGAUCAGCGAAGCAUUAACGGCGUGUUCUAUCCAGUGA